ACUUUUCAAAACACGGCUUAAUAAUCGCUGAGCUUGCAUAUUUGUAAUGAAAAAACAAGAUUGCGGACUCGGGUUUUCUUUUACAUUACACUUCCAGGUGAUCAAAAUGGGCGACGCAGCAGCAGCAGAAUUAAAGAAGAAGAGAACCUUUAGAAAGUUUUCUUUUCGUGGUGUUGAUUUGGACCAGUUGCUCGAUUUGUCAAGUGAGCAAUUGAUGGAACUUGUUCAUGCACGUGCACGUAGAAGAUUUUCUCGUGGUCUUAAAAUGAAACCUCUUGCCUUAAUGAAAAAACUACGAAAAGCUAAAAAAGAGGCUGCACCAAUGGAAAAGCCAGCUGUUGUUAAAACACAUCUCAGAAAUAUGAUAGUUCUUCCUGAUAUGAUUGGUAGUAUUGUUGGUGUACACAAUGGAAAGACCUUCAAUCAAGUAGAAAUAAAGCCUGAAAUGAUUGGUCACUAUCUGGGAGAAUUUUCGAUGACGUAUAAACCUGUUCGUCAUGGUCGACCUGGUAUUGGUGCCACUCAUUCGUCGCGUUUCAUUCCACUGAAAUAAAGAAGCUUAUGUAUUGUUAAUGUGAAGAAAAUAUGAGGGAGUUCAAA